AUUGAUCUACGAUUGGGAAAAUCUGAGAUUGGGGAUUGGUUAAGGAUCUGUCUCGACGUCAAAUGUUUGAUAUCUCGUUAUCCAUCAAUACUUAGAUGUUCAAUUUCCAUCUACCAGAUGUCGAUGACAGUACAAAGAAGAUGUUUGUGGAGGAAGUGAUGGCCCUUGUAGAGCUUGAUGUGUUGAGCAAUGCACUGGUGGGUCUCCCUGGAGUUAGUGGGUUAUCAACUGAACAAAGAAAAAGGCUGACAAUUGCCGUGGAGCUGGUAGCGAACCCUUCAAUCAUUUUCAUGGACGAGCCAACUUCGGGUCUUGACGCUAGAGCUGCAGCAAUUGUCAUGCGUACAGUGAGAAAUACAGUUAAUACUGGGCGUACUGUGGUUUGCACAAUUCAUCAGCCCAGCAUUGAUAUAUUUGAGUCUUUCGAUGAGCUUCUGCUUUUGAAACGGGGAGGGCAGGUUAUUUAUGCUGGUGAACUUGGUCGCCACUCUCACAAACUAGUCGAAUAUUUUGAGGUGAUUCCAGGCGUUCCAAAGAUCACAGAAGGAUAUAAUCCUGCGACGUGGGUGCUGGAAGUUAGCUCUCCUCUAUCUGAGGCUCGCCUGAACAUGAAUUUUGCUGAAAUUUAUUCUAACUCUGUGCUUUAUAGGAAAAACCAAGAGCUGAUCAAGGAGUUGAGAACACCCCCACCAGACUACCAGGAUCUGUCAUUUCCUACAAAAUAUUCGCAGAAUUUCUACGGCCAAUGUCUUGCAAACUUUUGGAAGCAAUACCGUUCUUACUGGAAGAAUCCAUCCUACAAUGCCAUGCGCUAUCUGAUGACACUGCUCUUUGGCCUUGUAUUUGGUACAGUAUUUUGGCAAAAAGGAAAGAACAUAGAUUCACAACAAGAUUUGUACAACCUACUUGGAGCCACCUAUGCUGCUACCUUCUUUUUUGGGGCUUCCAAUUGCAUGACGGUUCAACCUGUUGUGUCAAUUGAGCGAGCAGUUUUCUAUCGUGAAAAGGCAGCGGGGAUGUACUCUCCAUUAUCCUAUGCGUUUGCUCAGGCAUGUGUGGAGGUCAUCUACAACAUCAUACAGGGGAUUCUGUACACGGUCCUCAUAUACUCGAUGAUUGGAUAUGAUUGGAAAGCUGAUAAAUUCUUCUACUUCCUGUUCUUCAUCACUGCGAGCUUCAACUACUUCACUUUGUUUGGUAUGAUGUUGGUAGCAUGUACUCCGUCUGCAUUGCUGGCAAACAUUCUCAUCACAUUUGCCCUACCCCUCUGGAACCUCUUUGCUGGAUUCCUCAUCGUCAGACCGGCAAUACCAAUUUGGUGGAGGUGGUACUACUGGGCCAACCCAGUCUCCUGGACCAUCUAUGGUGCCGUGGCGUCUCAGUUUGGUGAGAAUGGCGGUUUGCUCUCAGUUCCUGGAGGGAGCCCCGUGAUGGUGAAGGAGUUCUUGAAGGAUAAUCUCGGGAUCCGGCAUGACUUCCUUGGCUAUGUCGUGCUCGUCCAUUUCGCCUACAUCAUUGCGUUCUUCUUUGUAUUUGGUUAUUCCAUCAAGUUCUUCAAUUUCCAAAAACGCUAGCUCCACAGGCAGUAGAGAUCAUUUGAAUAUGUUCUCUUAAUCGCUUGUGAAGCCAAUGCAAUCGAAAGCUUAGUAUCCAAUCCAUAGUCGAAAGCUGUUUAGGAUUUGAAGUGUGUGUGUGUGUGUGUGUGUGUUGCAAUAUGUAUUAUUUGUUAGACUAGUCUUGGAUUGAUGACGUGCACCCAAGUUUACAAGGUGAGAGGGGCACCUUGUCAUUGGCUUAGCUUUUGGGGUGUGGAAAAAAGAUUGGGUAUUCAAAUUUAUUUAAUGAUGAACAUGGCGUGUUUUGAACAUGAGUGUUCUUCGCAUCAUGAACUUCAAUUGUGACCUGAGGAACUCUGAACCAAUUUUCAAAAA